UUCUUUUCUUUACCGCGCUCUUUUCCAUUAUUUUCCUUUCUUUAAUUUUCCCUUCCUUUCCUUUUAUUAUUAGUUAUCGGUUAGGGUAGAAAACCGACGUACUGCAAAAGCAGAAGAUGUAUCUGCGUAAAGCUGCCGUUAGUUUGCUAAGGAGAGUUCGCCUCCCUUCCCACUCCAUCUUCACUUCUGUUUCUCCUCCAACAACUUCAAUGGCUAUCGCCACUCCGUUGCCGUUCUCUCUUUCCAGAAAAAUCCAAUUCCCCAAUCAAUUUGGUAAUGGAAGUUCAUGGAGUACGACUUAUGCUGAUCCUCCUAUAUGGACUAUACUAUCUAUUCAAGCUGCUAUAAUUUUGGGGAUAAAUGUCCACCCCGUUUUUGCUGACGAUGGCUCAAAUCAAACAAAUACAGAGAGUGAUAUCCAAGGCGCUAACAUUUCUGGAUUACGUAAAAUUGAGGAUGGCUCUGUUAUAUCCAAUGUACACACAUCUAAGUGGAGAAUUUUUACAGAUAAUGGGAGGGAUUAUUUUCUGCAGGGAAAACUAGAGGAAGCAGAAAAGUUCUUCCUUUCUGCAAUCCAGGAAGCUAAAGAAGGAUUUGGGGAGAGAGAUCCCCAUGUUGCAUCUGCAUGCAACAAUUUGGCAGAGCUUUACAGAGUUAAAAAGGCAUUUGACAAGGCAGAACCUUUGUAUUUAGAUGCCAUCCGCAUAUUAGAGGAGGCAUUUGGCUCUGAAGAUAUACGUGUAGGAGUUGCCCUGCACAAUCUCGGGCAGUUCUAUCUUGUCCAGAGAAAGUUGGAGGAGGCUAGGGUGUGCUAUGAGAGUGCUUUAAAGAUAAAGGGACGUGUUCUUGGACGUGGCAGCGCAGAUUAUGCGGAUACAAUGUAUCACCUUGGAACGGUAUUGUUUCUCCAAGGUAGACUAAACGAUUCUGAGGUCGUUAUUCAGGAUUCUAUCAGAGUACUAGAGGAAAGUGGUCAGGGGGAGUCAAUGGCAUGCAUCAGGAGAUUACGAUAUCUGGCGCAGAUAUACAUAAAAUCCAAUCGUAUUUCAGAAGCAGAAAAUAUAGAGAGAAAGGUCCUUCAUAUUAUGGAAUUAUCUAAGGGAUGGAACUCAUUGGACACUGUAGUUGCUGCUGAAGGGUUGGGCUUAACGUUACAAUCAUCUGGGAGCUUAAAAGAAGCACAAGAACUUCUUGAAAGGUGUCUUGAUGCUCGGAAAACAUUACUCCCUGAAGAUCACAUCCAGAUUGGAGCCAACAUGCUUCACAUUGCUAGGGUGGUAAUGCUUAAUUACAAUCAACUUAGGGGGAUGCAUGUUUCUGAUGCAAUUGCUGAGCUUGACAAGGCAAAAGGUCUUUUAAACAAUGCAAUAAGGAUAGCAAGGAAAGUUAUUAGUAAAUCGAAAACACAAAACAAGAAGCAAGGUUAUGGAGUUUCUGGAGAAACUAGGCGAGAUGGUUAUGCAGCAGUGAUCAUACUGUUGCAGUCGCUCAAUGAACUAGGGCUUUUGGAGAUCAACAGGCUAGAAUUGCAGGAAUCAGGGGCAAAGUUGUCAUCCACUCCUGAGGUCAAAAAUGCACAUUUUGAAUGCAUUUCUGCCUACAAAGAGUUGGCAGCUGAAAGGUUAAUCGGUGAUUUGAGGCAAGUUAAGGCGGAGUAUCUUUCUUGUUUGAAGCAUCUUUCAAGUUUGUUAGAUGCUGAAGGCACAACAGAAUACAGAGGAACAACAUUGCAGGAGCUGAAGGGUGAUAUCAAGCGUGUAGAAGAUGAUAUUUCGCAGUCAAGGAGGCAUAAAAGCUAAGCCAGGCUACCCAACACCUCAUUUUGAUUCAAUUUUUUGAAAUAUACUUUCCAUUCCUGUUUGAAGAAAAUUUUAUUACUUCUUCAAAUAAAAUUUUAUGCCAAUUUCAUUUCAAUGGAUAUGAAGGAAUUGAAGUGCAAAUGAUUGUUAAUUUUAGAGGGAUGGUUAUGUUGGGAUGUUAAUUUUUUUUUUAAUGGCAUUUUUUUUUCUUCACUAUCUUAAAAUUGCAUGUAAACUAACAUGAAAACAAUUACGCAAAUAAGAGUAACAGUUGGUUCCUUCAGUUA